AUGGAUCGGAAGAAGCGAAGGGGGAGGUCGUCGGCGUCGGCGUCGGCGUCGGCGUCGGAGGCGGAGUGGGACGAGAUGGCGCUGGCGAAGGCCGCGGCGUGGGCCUGGCACCAGCGGGGCUCCAUCCACGACGGGCGCGCGCCGCGCCCCCACGAGCCCUCCUCCGCCCUCCGGCGGGAAGAAAUCCCCGCCUCCGCCGCGCGGCUCGAUCUCGCUCUUCGAUCUCUACGAGAUCGAGUGCAUCACCAGGGAGCUCGAGCGCCUCAUCGCGGCGAGCGCCGGCGGCGGAGGGGCGGCGCCGAAGGAGGCGGCGGACGGCCGGAGGGCGACGAGGAGAGCCGGCGGCGGCGGCGGCGGCGGAGGAGGGCGGUGUCUGGGGCGCCACGCGGCGACGAUAUGCGGGGCGAUGGCGGAGGCGGUGGAGGCGACGGCGUUGGUGGGGCAGCGGCGGCGCUCGAAGAUCGUGUAAAAUAA